UUGCUCGGCGCGGUUCGGCUCCGCGAGGAGGAGCCAGCAGCACUGACAGCUGCACGCCGGAACCGAUCAGCGUGUUGCCGGAUUCCUCACGCGCUCCAGCAGAUCUGAAUAUAGGGAAUGGAAGACGUGCCUUACAGUCCGGGACAGGAGAUUAUUAGUGUGUGGGUUCGAGAUCCACACAUACGGGGAAAAGACUUCUGGCAUGCCCACAUAGAUUAUGAGAUCUGCAUGCAUACCAACAGCAUGUGCUUCACCAAGAAGACCUCCUGCGUGCGAAGACGGUACAGCGAGUUUGUGUGGCUAAGGCAGAAAUUGCAGGAAAACACUCACCUCAUGGAGCUGCCUGCGCUACCCCCAAAGAACCCUUUCUUCAGCCUUAAUAACUCCCACCAAGUCAACAAGAGAAUGAAGGGACUACAGCACUUCCUGGAUGCAAUCGUCCAGAAGCCCCUGGUGCUGUCGGACAGCUGCCUGCACCUUUUUCUGCAGUCGCAGCUCAGUAUUGCAAAAAUGGAGGCUUGUGCCUCAGGCAGGACCAGUUAUUCUGUUGCCCAAGCUAUCCAGAGCUGUGGGAGUGGCGUCCAGCGUUUCCGCUCUGAUGAAGAUCUGUCCGACCUGGGGAGAGACUGCGGUGACUCAGACUGCGAGAGCACUGCUUCCUCCGGCCUGGGGCUUAGCUGUGACACCGAUUUAGCCCAUGAGGAGCAAACCUCCCAAGCUAGGGGUACAACUGAAGACGGACCCAGAUAGUGAGCAUGUUUGAGGGAAGACCAGCUGACCUUUAGUCCUCCUCAGACAACACCACUUCCAUGUUAAGCUGCUAUAUGAUGCUGUUAUUCCCUGGAAUGCUGUUCAUUUCUCCUAAAAUCCACUACUUUUAUGCUAUCUUGAUGCCUUUACUACUAUAGUGUUAAAGGCUUUCGACUUGAACUUAUUUUAAAAAAUAUGCAAGUUUUUUGCUGACUGCUAGAGUAGAUUUAUUUUUUUUUGAUAAUCUACUUUUAUGUCGAGUACAUCAAGAACCAAACUUUUAUUUUCUUGUAUUGCAAAAAGCAUCAUUAUGGAGUCAGUGUCUUUGUCACGUCAGCCUCAGAUAACAGCCCUCUUUGUGAAUGGGCGGCCUUCAAAUGUGUAAAAUACUAAUGGGAUCAAAUUGCAAACUAAUAGCUCUGUCAAAUGGAGGUAUAGUCUUAAUGUGUGUGUAUUUUAGUGUUUUUAAUUUAUUGUGAAUGCUUUGUGCUGUGGUCUUCCAACCUGUACUAGCAUAUUAGGUUGGUAAAAGAUUAAGUAAACAAUGUUUUUUUUUUUCUGUGUACAAACGACUUGGAUUCUGCAAAUAAAGGCUGCCAAGUUCAACACAAGGUUCUUCUUGAUUGAACCAUGCCUGCAUAGCACUGUAACUGGGGAAAAAAGCUCCUCAUUUCGCCUUUAGAGGGUCUGCAAAACCACAGCGCAGAUUCCAAGGAUGUUCCCGCAUUAAGGACGACGAUAUUCAAGCAAGAUGUGAUUUCUAUGGAUGUAACACAAGCUGGGGAAGAAAAGACUGCUUUGGAAUAUUUGUGUAGCACAAAUGUUUUGGUGCAAUUAAAUAUCUGUACCGUCAUUCAGUCGAACAGUCACGCUUAUAAUAUUCAUGUUACUACUGUAACCGCAGCGCAAAGCAUAGGUGAGUGUAUGCUGUUCUAUCAGGGACUGUAAGGAGAAACCAACCAGUCAUUCAUCCAGACAAAUUUGUAAAAAAAAUAAUAAAGAAAUGUAUAUGUGCAAUAAAUUAUGUAAAUAAAAUAUGA